GGUGUACUUGAGACGUAGGUAAUAUUUGAAGUACUAGGGUCCGACAUAAAACCUUGAAAAUUUUUCCCAAUUGUCCGAUCCUUCUUUGCAGAUAAUGAAUUUUGAAUAUUAUAUAUUAUAUACAGUGUCCACUUGAACAUCCGAGCUCAAGACUUAUAUUUCAACAACGUUAUUUUAAACUUCAGGAAAAGUAUUUAUGACUUAAGUAUAAGUGUAAAUAAAGUCUAUAGGAUUUUCGUUAAAUUUUCUAUGCUUCGUGUCGCUUCAGAGCAGCAUAUAAAUUAUAAUUCGCCGACGUUUAAAUAAAACAUAACAUAUGGGAGAAGUGGAAAGAGAAUGUGAAAGGUGGGAUCUCCUUGACAGUUUUUUAAUACUUCAACUCAUAUGUCUAGUAUACAUCAAGUACUCAUAUGAGUAGCAAACACUCGUAUGACUUAAAACUAAAAGUUUAUUUAAAAAUAUUAUGACCAGGAAAUUUAAAUCGACAGCAUAAAAAAUGGCAUUAGUAAGAUCAUAUUUAGUACGUAGGUUUGAAAAAAUAAGAUUUAUAAGUAAUCAGGCAGUAAACACGUCGAAAGACUUUUCACUGCAAGAUGAUGGACAAACAAAUGCAAAACCUUAUGAAGAAGUUCCAGGUCCGAAACCAUUACCAAUAUUAGGAAACACAUGGCGCAUGUUUCCUGUAAUUGGACAGUAUGAAAUCGGGGACGUUGCAGCGAUUUCACAGAUAUUUUAUGAUAAAUACGGUGAAAUUACACGUCUAACUGGUCUCAUCGGCAGGCCGGAUUUGCUUUUUGUUUACGAUGUCAACGAGAUUGAGAGAUUGUAUCGGCAAGAAGGACCAACACCUUUCAGACCUUCUAUGCCUUGUCUUGUUAAAUAUAAAAGCGAAGUCAGGAAAGAUUUUUUUGGUAAACUUGCUGGUGUUGUUGGAGUACAUGGAGAACCAUGGAAAGAAUUUCGUACCAGGGUUCAAAAACCUAUUUUGCAGCCACAGACUGUUAGAAAAUAUAUUUCGCCUAUAGAAGUCGUUACGAAUGAUUUUAUAAAUCGAAUUGAUAAAAUAAAAAAUUCCAAUGAUGAAGUACCAGCUGAUUUUGAUAAUGAAAUUCAUAAAUGGGCAUUGGAGUGCAUAGGAAGAGUAGCACUUGACGUAAGACUCGGUUGCUUAGAAGAAAAUCUGACUGAUGAUUCGGAGCCACAGAAAAUAAUAAAUGCCGCGAAAUUUGCGUUGAGAAAUGUCGCAGAGUUAGAAUUGAAAGCGCCGUACUGGAGAUACAUUCCAACGCGUUUAUGGUCGCGUUACGUUAAAAAUAUGGAUUUUUUUAUAGAAGUUUGUAUGAAAUAUAUUGAUGCCGCUGUCGAAAGAUUAAAAAAUAAAAAAUCUGUUAGCGAUGCAGACUUAUCAGUUAUCGAAAGGAUAUUAGCCAAUGAAAAAGAUCCUAAAAUAGCUUAUGUGCUGGCUCUUGAUCUUAUUUUAGUUGGAAUUGAUACUAUUUCAAUGGCAGUAUGCUCGAUACUUUAUCAAAUAGCAACGAGGCCAGAAGAACAAGAAAAAAUUUACAGAGAAUUGGUAAAUAUUUUACCGGAUCCUACAGUUUCGCUGACUAUGAAACAUUUAGACCAAGCCGUUUAUACCAAAGCCUUUGUUAGAGAAGUAUUUAGAGUUUAUUCAACUGUAAUAGGAAACGGGCGUACAUUACAAAAUGAUACGGUUAUUUGCGGGUAUCAUAUACCUAAAGGAGUCCAGGUAGUCUUUCCGACAAUAGUUACAGGAAAAAUGGAAAAGUGGGUUGAGAACGCUCAUGAAUUCAAACCCGAACGUUGGCUCAAAGAAAACGAAAACAAAAAGCUUCACCCUUUCGCUUCAUUGCCUUAUGGUCAUGGCGCACGCAUGUGUUUGGGUCGCAGAUUUGCGGACCUUGAGAUCCAGGUACUUCUUGCAAAACUCAUACGUAAUUACAAGCUUGAGUAUAAUUACGAGCCACUCAACUACAAGGUCACGUUUAUGUACGCUCCUCAUGGAGAUCUUAAGUUUAGAGUGAUUAAAAGAUAACUUUUGUUGAAUUGUAUUUUAUUUACAGUUUUUUUUUUAAAUUUUAUAAAAUUAUAUUUUUAAUAAAAUAUUUUA